AUUCCGCUCGCGACGGAGGAUCGAUCAAACACCGAUCGAACAAAAUCGAAUAAAAAUUAGGUUCGAUGGCAAUAAAACUCGAUAAUUAAACUAGCCAUGGCUUUUUACUUAUCGGUAUGAACCAUCGCAGGAGCAAACGCUGUCUUGGAGGAAGGAAAAGCUCCUUGAAAAACUCCCAAGAAGACAACUUACUUCCGAAGUAAAACUGCCGCCAUGCAAAAGUACAGGAUUCUGGGCAAGAAAGGCGAGGGUACGUUCUCUGAAGUUUUAAAAGUGCAAGACAUUAGGAAUGGAACUUACUUCGCGUGUAAGAAAAUCAAGCAACGAUAUGAUAGUAUUGAACAAGUGAACAACCUAAGAGAGAUUCAAGCCAUGAGAAGGUUGAGUCCAAACUUGAACGUGGUGGAGUUGAAAGAGAUCAUCUUUGAUAAAAAGAAUGGCACGCUCGCACUCAUUUGUGAACUGAUGGACAUGAAUCUAUAUGAAUUAAUAAGAGGGAGAAGACACUAUCUUUCCGAGUCGAAGGUCAAGAAUUACAUGUAUCAAUUAUGCAAAUCUAUAGAUCAUAUGCACAGGAAUGGAAUAUUUCAUCGAGAUAUUAAACCUGAAAAUAUUUUAAUAAAGGAUGAUGUACUCAAACUAGCUGAUUUUGGCUCAUGUCGUAGCGUAUAUUCAAAACAACCUUAUACAGAAUACAUUUCAACAAGAUGGUACAGAGCACCAGAGUGUUUGUUGACUGAUGGAUAUUAUAAUCAUAAAAUGGACCUUUGGGGGGUAGGGUGUGUCUUCUUUGAAGUAAUGAGUUUACAUCCACUUUUUCCUGGAUCAAAUGAAGUAGACCAAAUAGCAAAAAUUCAUGAUGUCUUAGGGACACCGCCUUCAAGUAUUCUGCAAAAACUUAGAAAUAAAUCAAGAAGCAUGAACUUUAACUUCCCUCAGAAGAAAGGUACAGGCAUCAGCAAGCUUCUUCCUCAUGCAUCUCCUGAGUGUAUAGAGUUAAUAGAACUGCUGUGUACCUAUGACCCUGAUGAGAGGAUAUCUGCAAAACAAGCAGCAAGACAUCCUUACUUCAAAGACAUCAGAGAGCUUGAAAGAAGAGCAGCAGCCAAGGAUACUACACAUUUAGAUAACAUGUCAGUCAUAUCAAAAAAUCAGAAGCCACUGAAGAAGAAGAGAAGGCAUGUAAACAAACUAAAAGAUGCUACUCAACAGGAGUCAAUACUUCCCAAAGAGUUUCCUGCAGCAAUUAUACCACCCCAGUCAAAUUUCCAUUCAUUUGGAAGCAUGGGGAUCAAAUCCAGCAUGUACAACAAUAGAACUACUCUACCAAAAAUACCUAUGGCAUCUUCUAUGACAACCACAUUCCCAACAUCUUUUCCUCCCAUCCUUGGUGAUAAGAGCAAGAAAGCAGACACAAAGAAGUAUAACCAUUAUUCUUUGCCUGCUAUCGAUAAACAAGGUGGUGGUGCAGGAUUCUAGUAUAAGACUAUUUGGUAUACCUGAACAAAGCUGCAUGCACUCAGUGUUCCUCAGAUACAGUGUAUUGGUCUGUCCAUGGGAGACACACACGUCCACUCCCUGGGAAAAAUAGAAAAGAACAGCAUUGCUUGAUGGAUUGAAGUGGCAUGAUGUACAUUAUCCAACACAGACAGCUACAAAAUGGUGACUUUUCAUUCAAGUGAUUCAAAAUAUUUGUACUUUGAACUGGUCAAAAUUAAUAUUUUGUGCCAUGUUCUUAACUUGUAGAACAAGGGAACCAACAGAUAGCAGCAUUUCUAAGAGAGGGUGCUUUCAAGUAAAGACCUGAUAGCAGGGGCACUUCCAGGAACCACAGAAAGGUGGGCUGGAAGAAAGGACGGGCCAGAAAAAUUCGUCCCGAGAGAAAACCUUUAAGACCAUAUGCAAACACAUUUAGGUUUAAAGAAGAUACAUCACCUAUAAGG